UCUUUGCUUUUCUCUGUUCUCAUGUGAUCCGGCUAAGUCCCAAACAUUGCAGGGAAGGGAGAUCCUGCAAAGAACCGUGGAUUUUGUCCAGAAUCAUUUAAACCUAGAGGUGAUUUAUGGUGACACGGAUUCAAUCAUGAUUCACAGUGGACUAGAUGAUAUCGAAGAGGUCAAAGCCAUUGGAGCAAAAGUCAUCCAAGAGGUCAAUAAAAAGUAUAGAUGUCUGAAGAUUGAACUUGAUGGCAUAUAUAAGAGAAUGCUUCUUCUUAGAAAAAAGAAGUAUGCCGCCAUCAAGUUGCAGUUCAAGGACGGGAAGAUUUGCGAGGAAAUUGAAAGGAAAGGUGUGGACAUGGUUCGUCGAGAUUGGAGCUUGCUCUCCAAGGAAAUUGGAGAUGUAUGCUUGGCUAAAAUCUUGUGUGGAGGGUCGUGUGAGGAUGUUGUUGAAGCAAUUCAUAACGAACUUAUGAAGAUAAAAGAGGAAAUGAGAAAUGGGCAAGUUGCACUUGAGAAGUAUGUCAUCACCAAGGCAUUGAGUAAGUCACCAGAAGCUUAUCCAGAUUCCAAAAGCCAACCACACGUUCAGGUCGCGCUCAGAAUGAGGCAACGUGGUUAUAAAGAAGGUUUUAGUGCUAAGGAUACCGUACCAUAUAUAAUCUGCUAUGAACAGGGUAAUCCUAGCUUAGCAAGCUCAGUAGGGAUCGUCGAACGUGCCAGGCAUCCGGCUGAGGUGAAAUCAGAAGACAGCAGAUGGUUGGUUGACAUAGAUUACUACUUGGCACAGCAGAUUCAUCCGGUGGUAUCUCGUUUAUGCGCAGAGAUUCAGGGCACAAGUCCUGAGAGGUUAGCCGAGUGUUUAGGACUUGACCCAUCAAAGUAUCGAAGCAGAUCAAACAUUACUACGGGCAGUGAUCCUUCUACAUCCCUCUUGUUUGCUACGAGCGAUGAAGAAAGAUAUAAAAGCUGUGAGCCGUUAGUAUUAGCAUGCCGUAGCUGCUCAACUGCUUUGAACUGUCCAUCGAUUACUAGCUCAGUUUGUGCGUCGAUCUGUAAGAAAUCUGAUACAGAGGAAUCUGAUUCUAUAUUCUGGCUUAAACGGCAUUGCCUGAAAUGCGAAGCAGAAGGUAGCACGAGAAGAAUAUCCCCUGCAAUGAUAGCUAACCAGGUGAAAAGGCAGAUUGAUGGGUUUGUGUCAAUGUACUACAAAGGCAUAAUGAUGUGUGACGAUGAGUCUUGCAAAUACACGACACGCAGCCCCAACUUUCGUCUGCUCGGUGACCGUGAACGGGGAACAGUUUGCCCAAACUAUCCUAACUGUAAUGGAACCUUCUUAAGAAAGUACACUGAAGCAGACUUGUACAGGCAGCUAUCCUACUUUUGCCAUAUCUUAGACACACAAUACUCUCUAGAAAAGAUGGAUGUUGGUGUCAAAAUUCAAGUAGAGAAAGCAAUGACGAAGAUAGGACCUGCGGUUGAGUCAACAGCAUCCAUGGCUCGAAGUAUACGAGACCGCUGUGCCUACGGAUGGCUGCAACUGACAGACAUAGCCGUUUGAGAGUUGUAAUAACCGUAGUUGAACUUAUAUCAUCUUUUGACAUCAUCUACGGAUGGCUGCUACUCGGUUGUGUUCACACAUAAAGCUUAUUAUUAUCGUAGCACUUUGAAAUACAAGACUCGAACACAACCUUGAGAGUCA